CUAGUUUAGCAUCAGUGUCGAAGCUUGCGGCGCAUCGUCGACAUGCAUGCAGCACUGCGAUAGCGUCAGUCGCGUCGGGUGCAACAACUAUCGCUCGCUAUCGCAAUGUCGCAACGAUGUCUGCUUUGUGACGCUUUUGUUUGCCAUAUCUCUCUGGCCGCUCGCGCUCGCUCGAUCGCCUUCUCUGUAAUUUAGAGCCUUAAUCGUCACAGUCACAAGUUCACGACUCGCGGAUUUGAUUCGGCAGGGCGUAAAUUGAUCGUGAGGAUCGUGUCGGUGAGACGCGGGCCGUUGGAUUUUCCGUGUGAAUCCGUGCAUUAUAUUGGUGCUCGCUUAUGUGCAGUGGGUUGCUAGUGAUGUGAGGAUGCUAGUGCGUGGCCAUGUCUAGCGUGGCGAAGAAAGACAAGCCCACGAUGUCUGUGACGGCGCUGAUCAACUGGGCGCGGCCGCCGCCGCCGGGGCCGCAGCAGCCGCCGCCCGCGACCAACCUCCUGCAACCGUUCGCAAUGCCAUCCACCAUUCCCAGCGUCGACUGCUCCCUCGACAUGCAAUGGUUAAACCUGGAGAGCAGCUUCAUGUCGCCGAUGUCCCCGCCUGAGAUGAAGCCCGACACAGCCAUGCUGGACGGGCUCCGCGACGACGCGACCUCCCCCCCGGCCUUCAAGAACUACCCCCCCAAUCACCCACUGAGCGGGUCGAAACACCUCUGCUCAAUAUGCGGAGACAGGGCCUCGGGGAAACACUACGGAGUAUACAGUUGCGAAGGCUGCAAAGGGUUCUUCAAGAGGACAGUACGGAAGGACCUCACAUACGCGUGUCGCGAAGAACGGAAUUGCAUCAUCGACAAGCGACAGAGGAAUAGAUGCCAGUACUGUCGAUAUCAGAAAUGUCUGGCGUGCGGCAUGAAGCGCGAGGCAGUGCAGGAGGAGCGGCAGCGGGCAGCUAGGGGGACAGAGGAUGCUCACCCGAGCAGUUCUGUACAGGCUUGGACUCAACUAUACCGGGAUUGUCUAGCAGAAGCGCGUAAUAUGACGCGUGAGAGAAAGCGAGAGGAAUGGCAGCUAUGGCAGGACGUCAUGGCUAGGACAGAAGACCCAAGCAGUACUGUGCAGGAGCUGUCGAUCGAGCGGCUGCUGGAGAUGGAGUCGCUGGUGGCGGACACCAGCGAGGAGUGCCAGUUCCUGCGGGUCGGGCCCGACAGCAACGUGCCCCCCAAGUUCCGCGCUCCCGUCUCUAGCCUUUGUCAAAUAGGUAACAAACAAAUCGCGGCGCUGGUGGUGUGGGCGCGCGACAUCCCGCACUUCGGGCAGCUGGAGAUGGAGGACCAGGUGCUGCUCAUCAAGAGCGCGUGGAACGAGCUGCUGCUCUUCGCGAUAGCGUGGCGCUCGAUGGAGUUCCUGACGGAUGAGCGUGAAAACAUGGAUGGCACGCGAAGCUCUUCGCCGCCACAGCUCAUGUGCUUGAUGCCUGGCAUGACGCUGCACCGCAACUCGGCGCUGCAGGCGGGCGUGGGGCAGAUCUUCGACCGCGUGCUGUCGGAGCUGUCGCUGAAGAUGCGCGCGCUGCGCAUGGACCAGGCCGAGUACGUCGCGCUCAAGGCCAUCAUCCUGCUCAACCCGGAUGUAAAAGGAUUGAAGAACCGUCAGGAAGUCGAAGUACUUCGGGAAAAGAUGUACUCGUGCCUCGACGAGUACUGCCGGCGCUCGCGCGGCACGGAGGAGGGCCGCUUCGCAUCGCUGUUGCUGCGGCUGCCCGCGCUGCGCUCCAUCUCGCUCAAGAGCUUCGAGCACCUGUUCUUCUUCCACCUCGUCGCCGACGCCUCCAUCGCCGCCUACAUCCGCGACGCGCUGCGCACGCACGCGCCGCCUAUCGACGCCUCCGCCAUGCUGUAGGAAGCUAUUGUAAGACAAGUCACGUGUCACCAGUCGACGAUCAAUGCUGUGUGUGUUGACGCCUCGGUCAUGCUCUAGGAAGCGACUGUACGAGUCUUAGUCGGCGACAUAUCACCAGUCGACAAUUUAGUGCUGUGUAUAUUGACGCCUCGGCCAUGCUGUAGGAAGCGACUGUAAAGUCUUAGUCGGCAACAUGUCACCAGUCGACAAUCAACGUGCUGUGUAUGUUGACGCCUCGGCCAUGCUGUAGGAAGCGACUGUAAAGUCUUAGUCGGCGACAUAUCAUCAGUCGACAGUCAAUGUGCUAUGUAUGUUGACGCCUCGUCCAUGCUCUCGGUAGCGACUAUACGACAAGUCUCAGUCGGCAACAUCACCAGUCGAAAGUCACCAACGCCUCCGCCAUGCUCUAGGAAGCGACUGUAAAGUCUUAGUCGGCGACAUCACCAGUCGAAAAUCAACGUGCUGUGUAUACCAACGCCUCCGCCAUGCUAGGAAGUGACUGCAGGCCGACUCGUCGCAAGCGCAGCGACGAGUCGGCGACGUUUCACCAGUACACCAUCAACGUGAUCUAGGAGUCGGUUACCUGUAUAUAUUGACGCCUCUGUUCUAGGCGAGCGAAUACACCCUGCGCUUUGAAUAUGCUAUGACGACGCCAUCGUGAUCUAGGCCGAACCCCAGAAAUACACUGCGCCGGUUAAAAUACGCUUGCGACUUAGCGCUAUGACUAGUCGACAAACCGCACGUUCUAAGAGUUGGUUGCCGCACGUCUUAUAGGCUAACUAUCAUGCGGUUUCGAUUUAGCAUAGCGCUAAGUCAGUCAACAAUCGUGGUCUAGAAGCCGGUUGGUCGGUUACCUGGGUACGAUAUGCCUCUGCCAUCUUCUAGGCCGCGCCCCGUCGGUUACACUGCGCUUGCCACUCAGAUAUCACGACUCGACGAUUCACAGUUUUUGGAGUCUGUUACCCAUAAAUUAAUAUUCCUUCGGAAUAAGGCAACAACCACGAGCUGUCAAAUGAAACCGAUUUUGGAUGACACUGGAUAUCAUUUGUGUGUUAGUGUCAGGAUUAUUUCACUGUUUUGUAAUCAAUCACUGAAACAUUCACUACGUUUCUGAAGCACUUUUUCUCAUAAACAUCCACAAUAUCCAAAAACGGUUCUGUUCGACGUGACGGCGACGGCAUCACGCAUCUCUUCUUAUCACACAGUGUUGCUGCUAGUGACAUCUCGCUCGCUCAGUUCUUUGUUGCUCUAUUCCUCUAGGUAUAUUAACUUUAUGCUGUUACCUUGUCUACGAUACAUUACAUCUCUCCCCGAGUUACGCCUCGCGUCAGUUACGCUGCGCUUACAACUUGUGGCUACGCAUCAGUCGAUCCUUAGAUGAUCUCUAGGCGAUCUGUCGAUUUAUUGGCAUACAUUCAUUCGUUCGCUACUUGCGUCCGCGAAUGGUGACCAUACGCAGUUCGAUUAGGGUUCAUUCUUUAAAAACCAGUUUGGUGCAAUAAACAACACUGGAUCGUAUUAUUAAUCGAUAUAGCGUAUGGCAUCAUCAGCGGACAACAUACACCUUUAUGUGAGAAACAACACUGCCUCUGCGUUUAGCAUGCUCUACUACAAAAAACAAUCUGACACUAAAAAUUACAUUCAAGACGCCACCAGUUGACUAAUAAACAGCAAAUUCACCUUUUAAUGUAUAAAAUUAUCCGGGCACCUCUGUACUAAGCCACACCAACCGGCCACGAACUGUAUAAUAAUUGUCUUAGGUAUAAAUAAACUCAUUACGGUUGAACUUCAUUUAAAAUAUUCGAGGUCACCGUAAUUAUUAUUUGUAAAAACCAAAAAGAUAACAAAUGCGCUCUAUUUUUGUAAUAUCUUAUUUCGAGAUUUUGCAAAAGAUUUAGAUAUCCGCUGCUCUGACUUUUAUUUCCGAAUCUAAGAUCGAACGUAGAUUCUGUCCCGAGUUUAUUCUUAGUCAGAUUUCAUGUCAUCAAUCACUUUAAUAUAGGUCAUUAACCUACCGUUUAACUUUGUUAACUAGAAUGCUUUACAUACCGAGAACAAUAAGAUAAUAAUAAAUACAUUGUACCUAAUGGAUUAUGUUGAAUGUACCUUCUUUCUCUUCGUUAGUUUUUAGGUGUUGUUUUGCUCGUAUAAAGACAGGUAAAAUAUGAACUUUGAAUUUCUUCGUUACGUACUGUCAUUGUUUUCGCGGCGUACGUAAAUGACACUACGGCCUUUCUAAAGUGAAUAAUUCAAUGGUUCUCUAGAGGACAAUCUCUGUAAAUAUUGAAAGACGAGAGUUAUAAAAAAUUCAAGGGGCAUCUGUAUUGUUACACUGAAAUAUAUGCAAAACUCAAGGCGGAUGCCAUAAUAUGUUAAUAGGAGCGUUUUAUUUUUUUAUUGUUAAAGACAAUACUAUUGAAAUGUCUGUUGAUUAAGCCCCAAUGUGACUGAAAUAUUUUAAAAGGACAAUGCUUCGACGUGUCAGUGCGAGACCUGUUCGUCUCCUCCACUGACGAGAAUGAUCUUGCAACGUUAGGUAAUGGAAAUGGGGCCGCCUCUUUAAUUAAUUAUUACGUAGUUUUAAUAAUAUUAAUGUAAUUAGGUCAUUUAUUAGAGAAUUAUAUUCUACAAGUAGAUAUUCUUUAGUGAAUUAUUAUUAUUAAUAGUAAUAUUGUUAGAUUGUACACAUAAUUAAUAAUUUAACAUUACCAAAACUCCCUUCAAAGCACUACCGAAGAUACAAUUCAUGCACAGAUUAUGGUCCUUUUCGAAAAAAUAGAACUCGAUCUUAAUAAAAGUAUUAUUUAAAUUGCAGUUGUAAACUUGAAAUUCAACAAAAUGGUGCUGACAUGCAAUCAUAUGCGAAAGCAUAUCAAAUGCAUAAUUUAAAAUUGUUACUUGAGAAUAGUUUUAUUUCUCUAUAAGUAAAUGUUAAGAAUUUUAUUAUAAAACUUGUAAAUAUAACUGCGUGUACAAUGCAACUCUAUGUUCUCGUAUGGAUAAAUUAUAUAAUAUACAUAAUUCUAUUGCUAUAAAUAUAUGUAUCUCACCAGUAGCGGGUGGUGGGAAGAGUAACGUGGCCUACUAGCGGAAUGAAUGUCUCACUCUUAUCUAAAAGGCCAGUUUAUUUUUGUACCUCAUUAAACACGCAUUUCAAUGAUAUAUUACUAACAAAAUUAUUAACCAGUAUUAAUAAUGGAUGAAAUAAAAAAAAAUGUAAACCAUUUUAUUUCAUUAAAAAUGAAUAAAGGUCACCUGUUUCAAAAAUUACAAAUUGAAAUUAUAUCGUUAGACACUCGU